AUGGUGUCGAGCGCCGCGGCGAUCCCUGGUGAGAUAAACUACUGUUACUUCAACCUCCCACUCGGGCGCCUCCCGACGCCGCCAGUCUUUCGCCUCGCCUUUCCGACGUUGUCGUCCGCAGCCAUGGCCCACGAGGGAGACGGCGGCGGCGACGACGACGACGACGAUGACGACGACGACGAGAAUGACAACAGGGCCAUCAGCCCUUCAAGGCGCAGCUGGAUGCCCGACGACGGAGCCGUGGCAGACGUCUCACCAGCCUCGACGACGGUCCUGCACGGCGCAAAGACGGCCGCGACACCAAGCCCUACCAUGCCCCGGCCGCGCUGGCACGGCGUCGACCCGCCACGCCCGCCCCGUGACGGGUUCGACUCGCGCUUCUGGAAGUGGCGCUCGCGCUCGACAAAGUCAACGAGCGAGAUGGACGCGGGCGACUUUUCGUCGGCUUGUUCGCCGCCGUCGGCGAGUGCGCCGGGCUGGCACGCGCUCCAUCUCGACGCCGCUGCGCCGCCGCCGCUGAGUCCCUUUCUGUCCGAGUCGGCGCACGUGCUUUCCUUGCAGAACCCACCGGGCUUCGCGAUGCCUUACCAGUCGGCCGAGAAGCUCGUCGCUCCACCGCCGUCGUUUCCGGAAUGGCCUCCGAGGGAUGGUCGCGUGGACGAGGACGCCUCUCAGCGGACCGUCGUCCGAGUGCCGUCUGCCGCGGCCGCCUCCGCCGCUGCUGUGUCCUCUUCGACCACCUCCGCUUCCUCCUGGCACCUGCACGGCAGGCGAUGGCUCUCCAAGGCUAGGAGAGAAGUCGAGUUCAAGUUCCGCCCACGAAAUCGCCAAGAGCUGUACGCAGCCAAGAACGUAGACUCACCCGCGGCGCACCAGAAGUACCGCUCCGCCUUCCACACUACCGACCACGACGACGACGAAGACGCAGUUCUCCCAGCGGCCACGGAUGGGUUGCGCCGCUGGCUCCGGCCGAACCACAGCCACCAUCACUCCGUCGGCGGCAGCGGCAGAUCGGCCACCCGGCCCAAGGACGACUCUGGCACGGUGAGGGUUUCCCGCAAGCUCUUUGGCCGAGCGCCCUGGCACCGCAGGGGAUCGGCAGGCUCGUUUGGGGACUCGGCCAGGGAUCUCCUCCAACGUGGGACGCCGCCGGCCACGCCCAUGUCCACGUAUACCAUGGCCUCAACGGGAUUGGCGGACAGUUUCAAGUCGGCAAUCAGCCAGUUUCCCGGCGGAGAAGCCGUCCGUGUCAGCACCCCGCCCUUGGACGAAGACACGGCCGACGGCAAGCCGCGCGGCUUCUUCACCUGCACCACACCCCCUUCAGACACCCAAGCGUCCCCCGCGCCGCCGCCCUCGACGUCGCCCAUACUCGCGCCCAGCCCGCGCCCCGGCAUCCACGGCGCAGCAUUCCGCGGCAGCAGCCUCUCGGCCCCCACGCGCGAGUGGUGGGAGGUGUCGCCCCAGCGCGCCCUCCGCCGCGGCCCGCGGCCCCUCGCUGCUGGCCCUGUGGCAAGCCGCGGCGCCGGCGCCGGUGGCGGCAGCAACUUUCAGUUCGACGUGCCCGAGCACCUGCCCAACAGCCCGCUGUGUCCUGCACACAGUCGCCACAAGAGCGGCGGGACGGGCGUGUGCGUCUACCAUGGGAGGGGCAAGGCCAAGUCGCUGCUCAGGGAUGCGGACCGAGUGUCAGCGGCGGAGACUAGUCUUUCACAUGGGUACGAGAGCGCGAUGCCGUGA